AUGUUAAAUACAUCAGCAGGUAUUUGCUACGCUUACAAUAUGAAUCAUCCUGAUCUUGGAAUUUUGCAAAUAAUGACACAACAUUUUUCUUGGUUACAUAUUCAUGGUAUGUUAGUAAUUAAAUAG